AUGUCACAACAACAGGCGCAAAAUGUAAUGCGGAGGAAACUUGUUAUCAUUGGAGACGGGGCGUGUGGAAAAACAAGUCUGCUGAGUGUCUUCACGCUGGGCUACUUCCCGACCGUCCCUACUGUCUUUGAGAACUAUGUCACAGAUUGUCGGGUUGACGGCAAAUCGGUUCAGCUAGCAUUGUGGGAUACUGCAGGGCAAGAAGACUAUGAGAGGUUAAGACCACUUGCAUAUUCGAAAGCACAUGUCCUCUUAAUAGGGUUCUCGGUAGAUACGCCAGAUUCACUAGACAAUGUGAAACAUAAGUGGGUAGAAGAGGCGAAUGAGAGAUGUCCUGGUGUCCCAAUAAUACUCGUUGGUCUGAAGAAAGAUUUGAGAGAAGAUCCAAUGGCACAAGAAGAGAUGCGAAAAAAGUCUCUCAGAUUCACAACGGAAAAUGAGGGGACCACCGCAGCUCGAGAUAUAGGGGCACGCAAAUAUCUCGAAUGUUCAUCACUCACUGGGGAAGGUGUUGACGAUGUUUUUGAAGCGGCCACUCGAGCUGCACUCUUGACAUUUGAGAAAGGCGAAAGAGGAGGAUGCUGUAAUAUCUUAUGA